UAGACCAGGUAGUGCAGCCUUGGUUAGGGGCUAUAAGACAGACAGACACACAGCACAGUCCACCACUACCCACUCUUCAGGAUGAAGGUCUUUUUGCUCCUGUCUCUGCUGGCUCCUGUAGCCGUCCUCUCUCAGUUCUUCCUCCCUCUAGACUGUGAUGAACUCUAUCAAUAUGACAACACCAAACCCAGUGGGGUGUACACCAUCUACCCUGGGGGUCCCACCACCCCCUUACAUGUCUACUGUGACAUGAACACGGAGGGAGGGAGGUGGACUGUGUUCCAGAGGAGAAUGGAUGGAACAGAGAACUUCUUCAGACCCUGGGAAAACUACAAAUCUGGCUUUGGGAACGUGGCUGGAGAAUACUGGCUGGGUCUGGAUAACAUCUUCCUCCUGACGAUGAGGAAGAAGAAUGAGCUGAGAGUGGACAUGGAGGACUUUGAGGGAGGGAAAGUUUUUGCUAAAUACACAUCCUUCUCCAUUGAUCCUGAGAACUACGGAUACACACUGAGACUGGGCAGUUAUGUAGACGGAGGGGCAGGGGACUCCAUGUCAUAUAGCAACGGCAUGAAGUUCAGCACCUACGACAAAGACCAAGAUACCUGGGGUGACAACUGUGCCAGGCGCAACAUGGGUGGAUUCUGGUACGGUGCCUGUUCGCAUGCUAACCCUAACUCCCUGUACGCACCACAUCAGGGAACUUCUUUAGCUAAUAUGAAGUUUUAUUGGCAGCACUGGAAAGGGGUAGACUACUCUCUGAAAAGCAUUUCCUUUAAGAUCAGGGCUGUCUCUGAUGCUGUGGCUGUUCAGGAGCAGGAGUAACAUACCUGACUCUCUCAGUCCUGACCUAAUGUCACCAUCUCUAAAUGACUCCACAAAUACAAUGUGGAGGAGGGGGCACCAGAGCUAGCCAGACAGACACUAACACCCAGAGAACAAUAUGGCCACUACAUUAUCACUAUAAUUAUCAUCUUGGAUGUUAAAGUAGUGUUUCAUGUUAUAGCAGCACGAUGGGCUCUCUGUCUCUUAUAUGGUCACUAUAUCACCACUAUUGUUAUCAUCUUGGAUGUUAAAGUAGUGUUUCAUGUUAUAGCAGCACGAUGGGCUCUCUGUCUCUUAUAUGGUCACUAUAUCACCACUAUUGUUAUCAUCUUGGAUGUUAA